UCUACGGAGCUGGUCCAGAUGAAGGCCCUCCUUCAGUCUCUCUGGGGGGAUGGUGACCGCAUUGAGCCUUCCCCUCCUGAACAGGCCAGGUCCUCGCAUUGCGAGGAGGAUGUUAUAUCAGUUGCGGCCUCGGGCACCCUCUUUCGAGAGGCCUUUCCGGAAUUGGGCUCCCGGACCUCAGGUUCGGGCUCCGGUGCCUCCCUGGGAGGUGCGAGGGAACCGGUGUCUGCAUUUAUUAAAACUGCUCUGGGCCGUUUGCAGCUGGACGUUCCCCUGGCCCAGCCUGCUCCAUCUAGCGCCUUCUUUAGGCGCCGUGAUGCCGAGGCUGCCUUUGUUGUUCCUCCCUCAGCAGAAUACGUCCAGGAGCUGCAUGCUUGUUGGACGGACACAAGGGCCUUUUCCCGCCCGACAGCGGAUGGCAAGGCCCUGGCUGCCAUGCACGAGGCACCCAAGUUCGGGUUGGGCUGCAUGCCCCUGUCGAGUCUGCCAUUGCCUCCUUCAUUGUUCCUCCCGAUGAGGUGUUGAGGACUAAUGCCCGUUGUCCACGACCGCAAUGCCGUGUCACGGACGACUUACUGUGUAGGGCCUACGACUCAGGUGCCCGGAUGGGCCGCAUAGGGAACUCAUUCUCCCAUCUGAUGUUGGGCCUCUCCUCCUCCUCGUUGGAAUCGGUUCCCUUGGGCCAGUCAACUCAGGGCUUGUUGGACGCCUCUCUGCAGGCCUUCGCCCUGAUGACGCGUGAGCUUGGUCGCACGCUCUCUUCAUUGGUCCAUGCUCGGCGCCAGGUGUGACAGAGACCGACUAGGGCCCAAGGGGACCAUGGUGGGGCCCAGGGUUUGCGCCCAGUUCGGUCUGCUCAUCCCGGUCGGCGUUUCCCAGGCCCUCCUGGGGCCAGGGGGCCCGCCGGUGAUCUGGAGCCGGCGGUGGGAUUUUUCUCCCCGGGCCAGCUCAGUUAUUGGGCUGUUCACGCCCCGGACUCGUGGGUGUUGUCCACUCUGUCCCGGGGAUACCGUCUUCAGUUCUGCCGCCGGCCUCCUACCCCCAGCCGGGCCAAGAUGACGGUCAUCUGCGACCCAAUGAAGGCUCGGGCCCUGGACCGGGAGAUCUGCACCUUGCUGGCCAAGGGUGUGAUUGUUCCGGUGGACCCCCUGCGGGAUCCCGGGGGUUUUUAUUCAGUUUAUUUUCUGGUUCCCAAGAAGACCAGCGGUCUUCGUCCAAUUCUGGACCUCCGGGGUCUGAACACUUUUCUCAAGGUUCUGCCUUUCUGUAUGUUGACCACCCGGGAUGUUCUGCAGGCGAUCUCCCCAGGAGACUGGUUCACGGUUAUCGACCUGGAGGACGCCUAUUUUCAUGUCCCCAUUGCUCCAGACCAUUGGCGUUUUCUCCGCUUUGCCUUUCACGGGAGGCACUUCCUGUUCCGUGUUCUUCCCUUUGGUCUUUCCCUCUCUCCUCGGGUGUUCACCCGGUGUGUGGCAGCGGCCCUUUCCCCCCUGCAGGCACGGGGACUGCGGAUCCUGCCCUAUUUGGACGACUGGCUCAUUUAUGCUGCAACCCGCGAUCAGGCGAUCCGAGACACCCGGACGGUGCUCGACCACAUACGUCAGCUGGGUUUGAGGGUGAACCUGGAGAAGAGCAGACUGACCCCCUCCCGGGUGACUAUUUUCUUGGGCAUGGUUCUAAAUUCUGGUUCCUUCUCCUCGGCGCGUCGUGAUAUCCUGGCCGUGCUUCCAAGCUUCCAUCUUGGCAGGGCUCCACGGUUUGUGUAGUGGCUGCGUCUUCUGGUCAUGCUCAAUGCUGCGUCCAGCAUGGUGCCUCUGGGGCUUCUUUCAUUGCGGCCCCUGCAGAUGUGGCUGAACGGGGUCGGCCUGGAAUCCCUCCCGGCGUACUCACCGGCUCCGACGGCUUCGAGUUGUGCCUCGGUGCCUACAGUCUCUGUCCCAGUGGCAGAACGGGUCCUACAUCAUGGCGGGUGUCCCGCUCGGCCCCCUUCCGUGUCGGAGGGAAGUCGUCCAUACGGAUGCUUCCUCCAAGGGUUGGGGAGCGACCUGGCAAGACCGUGCGGCUCAGGGGGUGUGGUCCCCGCGGCAGUGCGGGGUCAAUAUCAAUGUUCUGGAGCUGAUGGCUGUGUUCCUGGCGCUCCAUGCUUUCCUUCCAGGGCUGCAAGGACGACAUGUCUUGGUCCGAUCGGACAACACCACGGUUGUCUUCCAUAUAAAUCACCAAGGGGGGUCCAGGUCUCUGAGACUACUGUCCCUGGCCCGGCGGCUCCUGGUCUGGGUGCCGCCACGCCUUGCCAGCCUCAGGGCAGCCUAUAUUCCAGGUCUGCAGAAUGUCUCCACGGACUUUCUGUCUCGGCAGGUGCCACUUCCGGGGGAGUGGCGGCUUCACCCGGAGGUGGUGGAUCGCAUUUGGGCCACCUUCGGCACGGCGAACACCUUCCCCCGUUUCCCCUGAUCCCCCAGACGCUUCUGAGGGUUCUUCAGGACAGGCACGAGCUCCUGCUGGUAGCCCCCUUUUGGCCAGGGAGGACCUGGUUUCCUCUGCUGCGCAGGCUCUGCUCCAGCUUGCCGAUGUGCCUCCAAUCCAGGAGAGACCUCCUUUCCCAGAUGGGAGGCCGGAUUCUCCACCCCGAUCCGGGUCGCCUGAAACUCUCGCUGUGGCCUCUACAGGUGCAGGCUCUGCCUUCUCCCAUUAUGGGGGCAGCGUUGGACAGACCAUGACUGGCGCAUGGGCGCCGUCCACGCGGGCUGCAUAUGGUGCUAAGUGGGCGAUCUUUGCCGGCUGGUGCCGUGGUAAGGGACUGGACCCUAUUCGCUGUCCUGUUUCCCAUUUGCUGUCCUUCCUCCAGGAGUUGCUGGAUCUGUGGCGAUCCCCUUCCACCUUGAAGGUGUAUGUAGCAGCCAUUUCCCGUUGGCAUGUUGGGUUUGGUGGUUGCUCUGUUGGCUGGCAUGGGGAUGUCGCGCUGUUCCUGAAGGGUGCCAGGCGCUUGUGUCCGCCCAGGCGCCCUGUGGCCCCUACGUGGGAUUUGUCGCUAGUGCUUGCGGCUCUUCAGUCCCCCCCCUUUGAUCCCAUUACAGGGGCGGAUCUCAAAUGGCUCUCCCUGAAAACAGCCUUCCUGUUGGCCAUUGCUUCUGCCAAACGGGUGGGGGAAUUGCAUGCUCUGUCUGUGUCUGAACCAUGCUGUCGGUGGAACCCGGAUGGCUCCGGUGUUACACUGUGGACCAAUGCUUCCUUUGUGCCAAAGGUGCCUGCAGUGGCUGGCAGUGUGCUGCCGCUCCGGCUUUCCCGAUUUAAUCCUGGUGCCCCCUCUGAGCCUCUUUGCCCUGUCCGAGCGCUUGAGGCGUAUGUCCGCUCCAUGGCACCCAUUCGUCGGACUGACUGUCUCUUCGUUUGUUAUGCUGGCUCUCGGAAAGGUCAGGCCCUUUCUAGACAACGGUUGGCACGUUGGAUUGUGGAGAUGAUCUCUGUGGCUUACUCCUUGCAGGAUCAGCCCCUGCCGAGCGGCGUGCGCUGUCACUCCACUAGGAGCCUCUCCACCUCGUGGGCUGCCAUGACCGGGGUGCCUCUGGAGGCCAUUUGUGAAGCUGCUUCCUGGACGGCGCCAAGCACCUUUGCCAGGCUUUACAGGGUGAAUGUCGCCACGCCGCAUCCCCUGCAGGGAAUACUGGAGCAACCGCCUUCUGCGUCCCGCUGAGCAAGAUCCAGGGUCAAUUCAGACACAAGCAAGUAAAGAUCUACACACAAAACAGCCCUGGGUACGACUGUUUGAGCCAUGGACAAGGUUUUGCUGCUGGGCCUAUUGUGUCUGCAGGUUUUUCUGCUCACCACAGCCUUCACUUCUACGGAGAAAGCUGCUCUCCACACAGAUGAUCUACAUCGGCAGCUGGCUGAUCUGGUGGUAAAAGAUAAAGGCACGGAGGGGAUGAAACCUCGUCCCUGGAGAGGCUGUGGGUGGAAACCGGGGUCCUGUAAUAUUUUGGUGAAACCAAAGAAAAAAAACCCUGAGGCCAGUUUACCUAAGCCCGUUGAAGAUGUGAUGGAUUAUUGAAACAACUUCAUAGGCAUGAACAUCAAAAACAUAUGUUUCUCAACUUUCAUAUUUGUAAAAUCACAAAUGAAUCUUUACUUUGCAAUAUAAUGAACUGCUUCUGAGAACUAAAUAUUUUUUUCUAAUGCUCAUUAAAUAAAUAGAAAAUAAUUAAA